AUGGCCAAUUCCACUACCCCCCAGGAACCCUGGAUCGAAACCCCGAUAAUCGAGUCUGCGACACUCUCCAGAGCAGCAGGAUGUCGCGUCUUCUUGAAACUGGAGCUCCUACAACCCUCCGGCUCAUUCAAGUCCAGAGGCAUUGGCAACUUCAUUCGCACUGCGCUUCUGAACCCCACCAACAAUGGCAAAAAUCUUCAUUUCUACAUCUCCUCGGGGGGGAAUGCCGGAUUAGCAGCCGUUAUCGCCGCGAAUGAUCUGGGCUGUCCAUGUACUGUCGUCGUGCCACACAGCACGAAACCACUGAUGAUCAACAAGUUGCAUGCCGCCGGUGCGACAGAGGUGAUCCAACACGGCGCCAGUUGGGUUGAAGCCGACUCCCACCUCCGCGAGACUUUCAUCGAUCAUCAGGAGGGGAAGCAGACGAACAUCUACAUCCCGCCGUUCGACCAUCCGGACGUCUGGGCGGGCGCGGCGACAAUGGUGUCGGAGAUCGCAGCGCAGGUACCGCCGCGCGAUUCAAGCGGCUGUGCUUUCCCCGCAGAUGCGAUUGUCUGCAGUGUUGGUGGCGGCGGUCUGUUCAACGGCAUCGUCCAAGGCCUGGAUGAGUAUCUGAGAUCCCACGAAGCCGCAGACAAAACGGGCAAUGUUCAGGUACUGGCAGUGGAAACUCAAGGCGCCGACUCGCUGGCCCAUUCUCUCCGCGCUGGGCGUCUCGACUCGCUCCCCGCUAUCACCUCGCUUGCGACCUCACUCGGAGCCCGGUGCGUAUCGGCCCAGACCUUCAAAUACGCGCAAUCAUCACCUGCGGGGAUCAACGUGGUGAGUGUGGUUGGGUCGGAUGCGGAAGCGGCCCGGGGAGUGGUCACGUUGGCCGAUGAACAGCGGUUGCAGGUUGAGCUGGCGUGUGGGAUCAAUGUUGAUGUUGUCACGGGAGAGAAAUUCAAACAGGCUGUCCCAGACCUUACUCCUGAGAGCCGAGUGGUGGUGGUGGUUUGUGGCGGUAGCAAUGUGACUGCUGAGAUGAUUGCCGAGUAUCGUCAGAAGUUGCAGGAUGGGUGGAAGUAA